AUUACCAUCGCCUCCGUCACUUGACCAUCCCCAUCAUGUCUCUCUGGGUCGAUAAGUACCGUCCGCGAACACUAGAUGAUCUGGAUUAUCACUCUGAGCUAUCAGAGCGCUUGCGUUCAUUGGCAAGUUCGGGAGAUUUCCCUCAUAUGCUAUUCUAUGGGCCUUCUGGAGCUGGGAAGAAAACACGUGUAGCAUGCGUGCUCAGAGAGCUGUUUGGAGCUGGAGCAGAGAAGCUCAAGAUCGAACAACGGGUUUUCUUGACACCAUCAAAGAGAAAGCUAGAUGUGAAUGUGGUGAUGAGCAAUUAUCAUCUGGAGUUAACACCCAGUGAUGUCGGCAUAUACGAUCGUCAAGUCAUACAAGACAUCCUCAAGGAAAUCGCUCAGACACAACAGGUGGACUUGAGUGCAAAACAGAGAUUUAAAGUCGUGGUUAUCAACGAGGCGGACCAAUUAUCACGUGAUGCGCAAGCGGCAUUGCGUCGAACUAUGGAGAAGUAUAUGGCUAACCUACGAAUCAUUCUCGUCGCCAACAACACGAGCAAGCUGAUUGCGCCUAUCAAGAGCCGAUGUUUGCUUGUGCGCGUGGCGGCUCCUACACUUGAAGAGAUGGAGACCGUGCUGGGGUAUGUGGCGAAGAAGGAACGCGUCGACCUUCCACCCGAGGUUGCUUCAAAAAUUGGUGCAGAAGCCGUCGGCAACCUGCGACGAGCGCUCCUUGUCCUUGAGGCCCUCAAAAUGCAGCAUCCAGACCUCAAUGCGGAGAAGCUGGAGAUUGCCAAGCCAGACUGGGAAACCUACUGUGCGAAGGUGGCUGACCUCAUUGUGGAACAACAGAGUGCACAACGCAUUCUCGACGUGCGUAGCAAGCUUUAUGAACUCAUUUCGCACUGCAUCCCGCCUUCUCUCAUAAUCAAGACGUUGGCAGACAGGGUCAUAGAGCGGGUGGACGAGGCACUCAAGGCGGAUAUCAUGCAUUGGGCGGCCUUCUAUGAACAUCGAAUGAGACAAGGUAGUAAAAAGAUCUUCCAUCUGGAGGCAUGGGUGGUCAAAGUCAUGAGUCUGUAUAAGCACUUCACCCAUGAUAUCGACCUGACAGGGUUUGAUGAUUUUUGAUUGUCGGCCCCGUCAUUUCCGAGCG